AUGCAGUGGGGCACUACAUUCGAUGACAAAACCAAACCAGGAUACACACCCUGCGCCCCUAUGGCUUUCAUACAGCAAACCCUGGAGUGCCUGGGCAGUAGCACAAUAAGAUUCAAUAUUCAGUUCAGUGCUGGUGAUGUUUUUCCACCUGGCUUCAAGGGAAUGCAUCCAGUUAAUAAACAGCAACAAGCAGGAGCAGAUGAUAUUAAAAAGCAUAUUAGGCCUGGACCGCACCCUGGCAUGCGGGCUGCUGCUGAGAUGCAGCGACAACAAGCUCAACAAGGCUCUGGGCGGGGAAUGAUGGGGGUGGUGCUGCCCAUGUAUGCCAUAGGGAUUGUGCUGUACUUAGUGUACACUUUAAUUAAGGUGUUCAACAAGUCUAAAAACAACUCCUGGAGUAGAAUUGGUGGAGGGUAUGACAGGGAGGAGCAGAACAGUUCUGUUGACAGGAUGGGUUUCCCCACAAGCUUGGAUGGCAGCGGAGAUGUCCGCAACUUUUUAAAUGACCAUCAGCAGAGGAAGGAGUUGGAGGACCUACUCACUCGUGUUGAUGAGAAGAACGUCUCAACUGAUGAGAUGCGAGCACUACAGAAACGUCUUGAAGAAACAGAAGCUCAGAUGACAAGGAUUCUACAGGCCAUGCAAUCUGUUCAGAAGAACGUGGACAAAAUUAGCACCUAUGAUGGUGCACCACAGGAAAUAAAUCUGGCCAGCUCAGAGAGCAGAGGCGAUCCAGAGGAAAAUGCUGAAAAGGACCCAAAUGAAGAUGUUGAAACACCGACUGAAAAUUGUGAAACAGGUGAAGAGAAUUUGAAAGAAAAUGCCGACGUAGAUUUUGAUGACAUUGAUAGAGAUGAUGAAGAGGGUGAGGAACAAUGUGAGAGCUCUGUUGGAGCUGACGAGCAGGGCACUGAAAUUCCCAGUAGAAAACCAGAAGAGGAUAAUGAUUCGACCGUCAGACAGAGGCAAAUAAAUAAAAAUGAGCAGUAAGUAGUGAUUGGUGCGUUUGAUUUAAAUUAUUAAAAUUUUGAAAAUGAUUAUUUUUAUCAAACUUGGAUAAAGUUUUGUGAAAUAAGUCAUAAUAAAACUAUGUGCAAUGGCUAGAUUUAUUUUGAACAUGUUCAAUACAGUUUUAAAUCGGAUAAAUUGUAAUUCAAUGUUCAGAUGCAAUUUAGAUAUUUAAAAAAAAAACCCACAAAUAUUGUUAUUUUUUUACAAAUAAAUGACUCUUAAAAUAACAUGUAAACAUCCUUGGUUAACAUUUUUUUUAACAAAGGAGAAUUUGUGAUAUUUUAUUCAGUAACUUGUUUAUCAACCUCAUCAAUUGAACUAUGGCUAACAGUUUUUUUUUUGUUGGGGUCUACCAGCAACCCAGAUCUGAACAUGUCACCAUAAUUUAUUUUUUCUUUUAAAAUCAUUAGCUAUUGAGUCUCAUAUUAACAUGCUUUAUUAUUGUGUGGAAUGACUAUUUAUAUUUGGUAUUUUUUUUUAAUCCUGGGAAAAUCUGUAUACCUUCUUCUGCUGUGUAAAUGUUUUACAUGUUUUGUUGUUUAUAAUACCAUAAUAGUUUUUCUUAUCAGUACUAUAUAUUUUUCUUCUUAGCUGUAGAUCUGUUUGUAAUUAUAAGGGCUGAUUGAUUUGACACUAUAUGAAAUAUUUGUUGUGUAUGAAUAGUCCAUGAUUUUUUUCAACAAUCAUUCAAAAGGUUUGCUGGUUUUUUUUAUCGAUUAAACCAUUCACUUUAUUGUUUAGACUAGAUUUACACAUUUUUUAUAUAACUAUGUGGUACCAUUUGUUAAAAGAAAUCCAUUACUGUUCACAUUUGUUAGUAGUUAAUUUGCAAGUGAUAUAGUGUUUAGUAUUAGAAAAUUAUUUUAGGUUACUAAACCAAAGAUAAGUUUUUGUGUAUGUUAUUUUAACUUGGUCUUUAACUAUUAGCUAAAGAAAUGCUGUAAUAAAACUCAAAACAAAUGGAAAUUAACUAUCUACUAUGUAUUAAGCUAAACUUUUGCAGUGUUUCUUCAGCAAGGUAAUGUGUAACUUGUAUCUUUAUUGAACAGUUUAAAUAUAUCAAUGAACAAAAAACCUCUUUAUGAGUACUCUGCUUAAUUCUACUGUGAAUUAAGUCUAACUUCUACAAUAAAGAUUAAACUAACUGUGUUUAAAAUACAUUUGGAAUCGCUUAAAGUAAAGAUUUGUGUUGCAUAAUAAUAGUAUGCUUUUUGGUAAAGUGCAAUACAAUUGUGAAUCUUUUUAAUAGUUAAAUCUAUUAAAAGUAUUACAAUUCUGACAAGCUGUUAUAUUUUUGUGAUAAAGCCACUUUUAUCUGAUUAUACUGGAUUGCUAAAUUGAUUGUGUUGCUUCAGCUGCUUAUGUAUUGAGUUUACUUACUAAAAUACUUACUGUUAUCAGAAUUAAUGUAGAUCAUAACUAACACCUAUAGUCUGUUAUCAAAUUUAGUUAAGAUCAUUUGAACUAAACUGUUUACAAAGAAAAAUAUGAAUGGUAAACUGAUUAGAGUGGAACUGCCUGCUUUUCACAAGUAGACUGCUUAAGUUACCUUCACUCUUUUGUUACCAUUUCACCAGUUUGUCUUCAGACUGAUAAUAUUCUUCAAUCCACUCUUAACUUGUGCUGUUCUUUUAAAAAUCCUUUUAUGUCUUCUUUGAAGUAAAAUUUCAUUAUCCUGGUGCAUGAUCAAUUUUUUAUAUUACAUUAAUAUAAGAAAAAUUUAUGAUAGCUGCAUGAAUUAGAUCUGUUAGUGCAUAUUGUAUUCCUUCUAAAUAAAAACCAUGUUCUAAUGUAUCAUUCACUCAAUUAUUCAAUCAUACUGCAAUUAAUGUGAAAUUACCCUGUGUAUAUUUCUCAAAUGAAGGUUGUUUUUUUUUUUGAGUUUUUUUUUCUAGAUACUUCCAUUUUGGAAUCAAAUGGUUUAUAGUUUAUUUGUUUUUUCCGUUUCCUAAAAUGGUUUAUUCUGAAAAGGUAUAAAUAAUUAACUGUAUUUUAGAGAAAUACCAAAAUUUUUAAUUAACAAACAUUACCUUAUUUGAGUUGAGUUACUGAAAUGAUUUACGCCAGUUUUCUGAUGUCGACAAAAAAUUUGGGUCAAAGUCUCCCAACCUUCCCAGACUAAAUGUGAAUAAAACAACUAUGGAAAUAGUGCAGGUGAAGUAGAAGUUUGUUGACACAGAAAAUGAUGGUUUUUAUGUAAUUCGUAUUAUGCCACUAUUAUGCCCAGAAUUUUUUACCUUCACUAAAUUGUCUAUCAGAGCUGACUGGAUCCCUGAGCAUCACACGAUUUCUUGCACAACUUGAUUGUCAAACGCUUCUGACUUUUCAUUACAGAGUACACCAUGUUGACAUGGUAUCGCAAUAUAAAUCCUUAAACUCUGAUUGAAAUAUUCACACCUGAGCCUGUUGGUAGACAUGAUAAAAUGUGUAAGCUAUGCAAUCCCCGUUGUUUAAUAUUUGCAUAGCUGUAAUGUACUUUAGACAGCCAGGGGUUAUUUGUGCUUCAUAGCGGAAUUGCACAAACAUUUUGAUAGCAUGAAGUGUCUUAAACAUCUGAAUUGAUGUACAUUUUCAAGAUGAAUGUGGAAAUUUACAUUUUUUAAAAUAACACAAUUUUUUUAGCACACUUAUUCAUUAUGUUUAUAUUUAAUGAAAUGAGUUGAAUAUUUUCUUGUCCUUUUAUUUUUAGAUUGGAUUUUUUUUUUCCAGAAUGGGGGAUUUUUGUUAUAGAUUUUUGAUUUACUGUGUUUUAAUUGUUUCUCAUAUUAUUGGUUAAAUUUUUUUUCGAUUUUAAGAAUACUCUUUUGUUUGAUCUCUAAUACCCAUUUGCUCAUUGUUGACUUCUUUUUCUACCAUUGUUGAUUGGUUUUCUUCAGGCUAGACAAUUUUAAUUUACCUCAACUUGUACCCAUGCUGCCAUCCUAUGUUUAUUUAAAAUUUAUCUUUUUGCUUAUGUAUUUGGUAGAACUAAAUUAUGUAAGAAGAAACCAAAUUCAUGUUAAGUCUUAAAUAGGUGUACAUUAGCUUCAGAAAUUUAUUGAUUUUUAAGACCUGCUUCAGCCUAGUUUUAUUCUGUCCAUGAACGGUUUGGUAAAGGAUUGGUAAAUUUAUGUGUACACCUGAAAUGUUUUGUAUAUUGAUCAACAAUAAACCAAAUAGCAAUCUUUCAAG